AUUGGAUUGGACGGGUGAUACAGGCAGGGGCUCAACUCAGCUCACCAUGCAACGCCAGUGUCAAAUUGUCUUCGCCCCAACCAUUCCAUUACCAUGAGCUUCAGCUCGAGCACAACAAUGAUGUCCAGCCCGACCUCAUCAACCAGUCAGCUUCGACCUCUCAGCGUCGCGUUGAUGGCUGUGCACGCUGGGGGAAAGCAUCGCGACCUAGUCCGUUGGGGAUUGCACGAAGUCGAGUCGAUUUCGGUGGCAUCAACGUCAAACAGCGAGAAUUUGACUGAUUCGCACGCCGAAGUCACAGUCUUCAUGAAGACAACGCUAUCACUUCGUGGCUCUCACGACCCAGUGCAUCGCAGUAAGAAACAACUUGCCGACUUCGAAGCCCUCCGUGCAGCAAUGUGUCAUGCCGUGGACGUGACUCAUUUGCUGUCGCGCUGCAGCUUCUGCAAAGCGAUAAAGGCACGCUGCGCUGCGAAUGCUCAGGAACUCAACGGUUCUCUCGACGGGCAAGCAGACUGGACUCAUUUCAUUCUGGAGCAGUUCAUGAACGACAUCCUCGCGCUUCUUGUCCCUCUUCGCUGCUCGUCCGACAAACGCGUGUGUUGCGGAAAGCUACAAUGCUGGCAACUUGUAUCCCAAUUUCUUUGUCAGUAAAAUGUGAUAAUGCUGCUUCGUUUUGAUGUAUGUGAACUUCAACUUGAGUCAUAAUUUGGUAAGUGUCAUUUCAAAUGGUUCGACUAGCGCACACACGUACAGGAUACCCUCGUCCUAAUCCUGGUCCAGGUCUCGGGACGAGAAGAUACUCCUGGUUAUUAGAGGG